AUGAAUGCAAACAUGUCUGGAUUGACUCAUUGAUUGAGCAAGAAAUUGAGAGCAGAACUGACGGUGAAGAAGAAAGAAAGAAAGGGUCUUUUCUUUAUUCCGGGUUCGAUUUUUGUGUAGCAGAGGGAAAUUACAGAGAGAAAAAAAGAGAGAGUGAGUAAAAGAAGUUGGUGUGUGGUUGUUGAACUUCUUGUUUUCUUUCUCUUUCAACUUAUACUUGUGUUGUUUACUUAUCAUUCUCAGAAUUUUCUUCUUUUCUGGGUUCUGGCUUAGUAAUUUGUUUUUUGGUCAGAGGGUUUCAUUCAUUUUUCUUCUUCUAGGUCUGUUUUAGUGUGGGGAGGAGGAGAUAAAGUAAAAAGAUUCAAGUUUUUUUUCUCUUUUCCCUUGUCCUGUGGAUCUGGUUUUCUGUUUUUCAGUUUCAAGGUCUCUGGGUUUGGGUAUCCUUCAUUCAUUUUUUUUUACUCAUUCAUUUUUUUUUACUUAGUUCAGCAGAGUAUGAACUAGGGUUUACAUUUGGUGAUUUCUCUGAUGUAAAGAUCUUCUCUUGCUACAUGGGUUGAUUUUAGCUUGGGGAUACAGAAGACGAAUCUCUGGUUUGGUUAUGGUUAAAGUGGAUGGCGCUUCAUAAAUUCAACUAAAACUGAAAAUUUCAAAUGUUUCAAUGAAUCUGUGUUCCCUCCUCAACAGAUUUUUCUUUUUUGUCGAUUAGAAUCUACUUCCAUUUUAAAGUCUGGGUUUUUCUAGAUGAGUUUGUUGUCUUGAAUUUCAUUUUUAUACAAAUUGGGGUUUUUUCAAUGCAUCUAUCACUAUGGAAACCCAUAUCUCAUUGUGCUUCAUUACUAAUGGAGAAGAAGAGCAGAAGAAAAGAUGGGUCUGGUGGUAUGACAGAGGAUGGAGGAGGAGGUGGUCAAAGAAAACCUUCAAUUCUUAGACAAUUACAAGAGAAUAAGUUAAGAGAAGCUCUUGAAGAAGCUUCUGAAGAUGGCUCACUUGUUAAAUCCCAAGACAUUGAUUCUGAAUCUUCAGCUCAAGAUGGUACUUUGGGUAGGUCAAGAUCUCUUGCUAGACUUCAUGCUCAGAGGGAAUUUCUAAGAGCUACUUCUCUUGCAGCUGACAGAACUUUCGAUACUGAAGAUUCAAUCCCUGAUUUUUCUGAUUCAUUUAAUAAGUUUCUUACCAUGUACCCAAAAUUCCAAUCUACAGAAAUGAUUGAUCAGUUAAGAUCCAAUGAAUAUGGGCAUCUCUCAGAUUAUAAUGCCAAGGUAUGUCUUGAUUACUGUGGAUUUGGACUCUUUUCUUAUCUUCAGACACUUCAGUAUUGGGAGUCUUGUGCAUUUAGCUUGUCAGAGAUUACUGCAAAUUUAAGCAACCAUGCUUUAUAUGGUGGUGCAGAGAAAGGUAGUUGUGAACAUGAUAUAAAAUCUAGAAUAAUGGAUUAUUUGAAUAUCCCUGAGAAUGAAUAUGGGCUUGUUUUUACUGUUAGUAGAGGGUCUGCUUUUAAAUUGUUAGCUGAAUCUUAUCCAUUUCAAACCAACAAGAAAUUGUUGACUAUGUUUGAUUACGAGAGUCAAUCCGUAAAUUGGAUGGCUCAAAGUGCUAAGGAGAAGGGGGCAAGGACUUACAGUGCUACUUAUAAAUGGCCUACUCUAAAAUUGUGUUCAACUGAACUGAAAAAGCAUAUUUCGACUAAGAAAAGGAGGAAGAAGGAUUCUGCAGUGGGGCUUUUUGUGUUUCCUGUUCAGUCUAGAGUUACAGGUGCAAAGUAUUCUUAUCAAUGGAUGGCAUUGGCUCAGCAAAACAACUGGCAUGUCUUGCUUGAUGCUGGGUCAUUAGGUCCAAAAGAUAUGGAUUCGCUUGGCUUGUCUCUCUUCCGACCUGACUUCAUUAUCACGUCCUUUUACCGGGUAUUUGGUACUGACCCAACUGGAUUUGGAUGUCUCCUUAUCAAGAAAUCGGUGAUGUCAAGCUUGCAAAAUCAGUGUGGGACAGCUGGGUCUGGAAUGGUGAGAAUAGUUCCGGUGUUUCCUCAGUAUCUAAGUGAUUCAAUUGAUGGUCUGGAUGGAUUGGCGGGAAUUGAAGAUGAAGGGGCGGAUGGGAGUGAAGAUUUAAUUCCGGAAACUCACAAGGGGUCACAAUUGCCAGCAUUUUCUGGUGUGUACACUUCUGCUCAAGUGAGAGACGUGUUUGAGGCAGAGAUGGAGCAAGAUAAUAGCUCUGACAGGGAUGGCGCAAGUACCAUUUUUGAAGAAGUUGACAGCAUUUCAGUUGGGGAGGUCAUGAAGAGCCCACUUUUCAGUGAAGACGAAUCAUCAGAUCAUUCAUUCUGGAUAGAUUUAGGUCAGAGCCCAUACAGGUCUGACAAUUCUGGCCAACUAAGCAAGCCGAAACCAGGAUCUCCAUUACCGCCGUCUUGGUUUACCAGCCGAAAGAAUCAGAAGCGGCAUUCUCCAAAAUCUGCAUCCAGAAUAUCUGGGAGCCCGAUUUAUGAUGGCAGAGGGGUUAACCUCAGAAUGAACGAUGAUAAUGUGCUAUCUUUUGACGCAGCUGUCUUAUCAGUCUCACAGGAACUGGAGCUUGUGAAGGAGGUCCCUGAAGAUCAAUUCACAGAAACAGAUACCGCUCCAGGAAGCUGCAGAAAGGAUACAGAUUAUCAGCAUGUCAGAGAAAUUCAAGAAGAAUCGGAAAUCAGAGAAGAAUAUAUCUCGUCAGCGUCUAUAUUGAAAUCAACUGCAAAUGGACUUCGUAAUCCAACUGCUUCUUGGCUCCAGGAUGGUAGCCAUGAAAAUGGCUCAACCUCUGAGAUAUGUAGCGACACAAAAGAAAGUGCUAUCAGGAGAGAGACCGAAGGUGAGUUUAGGCUAUUAGGAAGGAGGGAAGGAAGCAGAUUGGGUGGAAGCCGAUUUUUUGGGGUUGAAGAUGGUGAAAGGGUUAUGAGCAUGGGCGGAAGGGUGUCUUUUAGUGUGGAUGACAACCGUAAAGAGCAUAUAAGCCAUACUUUGGAGCCCGAAGUUUCUGCGACUACUUUUGGGGAGGAUGAUUCCAUGAGUGAUGAAGAAUAUGAGGAUGGGCAGGACUGGGACAGAAGAGAGCCUGAGAUUAUGUGCCGGCAUCUCGAUCACGUCAACAUGUUGGGUCUCAACAAAACCACCCUUAGAUUGCGCUAUCUGAUCAAUUGGCUCGUUACAUCGUUACUGCAAUUGCGGCUGCCUGGUCCUGAAGGGGGCACUGGAGUGUCUCUUGUUCAAAUUUAUGGUCCGAAGAUAAAAUAUGAAAGGGGUGCUGCUGUGGCUUUUAACAUAAGAGACAAUAAAGGAGGCCAAAUUAAUCCUGACGCUGUACAAAAGCUAGCGGAGAAAAAUGGCGUGUCUCUUGGGAUUGGAUUCCUUAGUCAUAUUCGGCUAGGAGACAGCCCAAAGAACCAUCGAGGGACGAUGGAUAUGGAUGAUGCAGCGUUGUGCCGGCCAAUAGCAAAUGGUCGAAAUGAUGGUAAGAAGGCAUUAAUCAGAGUUGAAGUUGUUACUGCAUCUCUUGGCUUCCUCACCAACUUUGAAGAUGUGUAUAAAAUGUGGGCGUUUGUUGCUAAGUUUCUUAAUCCUACUUUUGUAGAAGGAGAAGGGUUAUUACCAACCAUUUCAGAGGGAAUAGAAACAUAGAAUAUAUAAAUUAUGUUGUGUUCUCCAUCAUGGUGGAAGAUGGAUCAGAUCAACUUAUACCACUGCCUUUUUGCACACCCUUGUAUCAAUAUCUUACCCUCAUUCAGAAUGUAAUUUUUUUCCUUUUUCGGGGGAGCAAAGGUUGAUGCAGAAGCAACAAGAGAGAUCCAGAGGUGAAUUAUAUUCAAUUUUUUUUGUGCAGUCUGUUCCUUUUGCUUCUUUCUUUUGAGGGUAUUAAUUUUAUUUCUUCUUUCUUUCUUUGGAUGUAUUUUUCCUCUUUUUGGUUUCCUGUAUGAAUAGAGGCCAUUUUGGGA